AUGUUCAGUUCACUUCUACCGCGUCCCAAACACUCGAACUACGAUCCACAGCUCCACUACAGAACAUCACCACAAAACAGUCUUCGGAACAACAAUUCCAUUAAUAUCUUACAUAACCCCGAUUCCACCACAGUCACUACUCUAGAUACAUAUCAAAAUAGCUCCACUGCAAAAAAUUACGAUGCCACUAUCCCUCUCAAGGUCAGGUUCCCCAACUUGGUACACAACUUCCCUCGACCUCCACCUGACCCAGCCAUAAUUGAAGAAACACGAGCUAUAUUUACGGCAUUACUCGAAGCAAAAAUGGGAACACAGAAGAAAGAACAAACAACAUACAUAAACUACACUGAAAACACUUCUUCACAAGAUGAUGUCGCUGCUGAUAACGGUGCAGAUGGCAAGAUCAUCCAGAUUGAAACAAUGCAACAAGAUCCGUUACUCCCGCCAAAGCACAAACUCCGCAAGAACCGACAUGAACGACAUGAUCAAGAGCAAGAAGUGGGACCCAUUUUGAAGAAAGCAGCUAAGGUUUCAAAGGAGGAUCGACAGAAAUGGAACAUUCCAGCUGCGAUUUCCAAUUGGAAGAAUAAUUCCGGGUUCACUAUCGCUUUGGAUAAGCGAGUCAUUGGCGCGGGUGGAGCUGCUGGUAGAGAAUCUGGCAAAGUUGAUGCUGAGUUGUUGAAUGUUGAGAAAUUUAGUGCUUUGAAUCAAGCUUUAAACAAUGCUGAAGUUCAAGCUCGAGAAGAUAUCAUACGUCGCAAUGAGGUUCGUCAACAAUUAGAAUCAAACGAAAAGAGACAACGAGAGGAAAAAAUCAAGGAAAUUGCCAAUAGGAGUAAACGAAGAAGAUACUAA